GGAGGAGGAGGGACUCCGCAGCGGCAACAACUGACGUGUCCCCGCCAUGGAGCUCGGCGUGAUUCAUCAGCGGCGGCGGGGCGGCAGCGGGGCGCCGCGCACCGUCCCCGCGUAGGCACGGCCGCGGCGGGGGCAGCCCCGGCACCGCUCUGCCGCCCGCACCGCCCUCCUCUUCCUCCUCCUCCUCCUCCUCGCCGCCUGCUUCUCUGCCCCCGCGGCUACGCGAGGAUCCCGGGGGAGGCAAGAUGGAAGAAAUCCUGCGAAAGCUGCAGAAGGAGGCGUCGGGGAGCAAGCACAGGGCCAUCAAGGAGAGCUGCACCUGGGCUAUCGAAACCUUGGAUUCUCCUGAUGCUGCUAUCAAGAUACCUCCAUAUCAGCUAAGGGAGAAGUGUCUCCUUCCUCUCCAACUGGCUCUGGAAUCGAAGAGCAUGAAGCUGGCCCAACAGGCUCUAGCAGGGAUGCAGAAGCUGCUGUCUGAUGAGAGGUUUGUAUCCGUGGAAACAGACUCAGAUGAGAAACAGUUGCUUAAUCAGAUGCUGAAUGCUGUCAAAGUGACUCCUUCGCUCAAUGAAGACCUGCAGGUUGAAGUGAUGAAGGUCUUGCUCUGUAUAACAUAUACCUCCACAUUUGAGCUGAAUGGGAGUUCAGUGUUGAAGAUUGCUGAGGUUUGCAUUGAGACAUAUAUAUCUAGCUGUCACCAGCGGAGCAUUAACACCGCUGUGCGGGCAACCCUCAGCCAAAUGUUGAGUGACUUGACUUUACAGUUACGACAAAAGCAAGAAAACAUGACAAUUGAAAAUCAUGACGCCUUGCAGAAAUUCAAGAGUCAAGGUACUUCAACUGAAUCCCUUUGUGAUGAUGUUGUAUCGGUCCUCACUGUGCUCUGUGAGAAGCUCCAGGCUGUCAUAAAUGACAAUCGGCAACUGCAGCUUCUUUACUUGGAGUGCAUCCUCUCCAUGUUAAACAGCUCCUCUCCCAGCAUGCACCAGCACAAAGGAUUCACUGAUCUAAUAUGGAAGCAACUGUGUCCAGCCCUAGUGGUAAUCCUGGGAAAUCCAAUCCAUGACAAAACUAUCACCUCUGCCCACAGCAGCAUUUGCCUUGAGGCUGAUUCACCUUCCUCAGGGAUCUCUGAUCAUGGCCGGGGUUCAGGUUGUUCCUCCACAGCACCUGCCCUUAGUGGGCCUGUUGCACGGACCAUAUAUUAUAUUGCAGCAGAACUGGUUCGACUGGUGGGGUCAGUGGAAUCCAUGAAGCCCGUGCUACAGUCUCUCUAUCACCGGAUAUUGCUUUACCCACCACCUCAGCACCGAGUAGAAGCCAUCAAAAUUAUGAAAGAGAUACUUGGCAGUCCUCGGCAUCUUUGUGAUUUGGCAGGGCCCUGCUCUUCUGAGUCAGAAUCCAGGAAGAGGUCUAUUUCUAAAAGGAAGUCGCAUCUGGAUCUUCUCAAACUUAUCAUGGAUGGGAUGACGGAAGCAUGCAUCAAAGGUGGUAUUGAAGCCUGUUAUGCUUCAGUGUCCUGUGUCUUUGCCCUGCUUGGAGCAUUAGAUGAGCUGAGCCAAGGGAGGGGUCUUAGUGAAGAGCAGACCCAGCUGCUGCUCCGACGCUUAGAAGAAUUGAAGGAUGGGACUGAGACGAGCAGGGACUCCAUGGAGAUCAAUGAUGCUGACUUCAGGUGGCAGAGACGCAUCCUGUCCUCAGAAAAUCCUGCCUGGGAAUCAGGAAACGAGAAGAGUCCUGAUAUCAGCAUUAGCGUUACCACAGACACUGGUCAGACCACUUUGGAAGGGGAUAUGGGACAGACAACUCCAGAGGAUAAUCCAGAAAGUCAAAAAAACUCACUGCCAUCUCCAGCUGGACAUGAAAGCAAAGAGAUUCAUUAUAGAGAACCAGAGUCAGAAAUCAUCGACCAGCCAGAUGUUGUUCAGAGAAGCCACACCAUAGUCUAUCCAGAUAUAACUAACUUCUUAUCAGUUGAUUGUAAGACCAGGUCUUAUGGAUCCAGAUACAGUGAAAGUAAUUUCAGCAUAGAUGACCAGGACCUUUCUAGGACUGAGUUUGAUUCAUGCGAUCAGUAUUCCAUGGCAGCAGAGAAGGACUCAGGCAGGUCAGAUGUCUCAGACAUAGGCUCUGACAAUUGCUCCCUGGCUGACGAGGAGCAGACACCACGGGAUUGUCCAGGUCACAGGUCCUUACGUACUGCUGCUCUCUCUCUGAAAUUGCUGAAGAACCAAGAAGCAGACCAGCAUAGUGCUCGGCUGUUUAUCCAGUCGCUUGAAGCUCUUCUUCCUCGGCUUAUAGCUCUUCCCAGCAUAGAGGAGGUGGAUGGAGCACUGCAGAGCUUCUCUUCAACAUUCUGCUCAGGUAUGAUGCACUCACCAGGAUUUGAGGGAAACCUAAAUUUCAGCUUCCAGACUCUGAUGAAUGCAGACAGUCUCUACAUGGUCUCACAUUACACUCUGCUGCUCAACCUAAAAUUGGCCAACUCGGAUUACUACAGGAAGAAGCCUACCCCAGCCCCUGUGUUGCUGAAGGAGUUCAUGAAGCAGGUCCAGUCCAGCGGGGUGUUGAUGGUAUUUUCACAGGCCUGGGUUGAAGAACUGUACCACCAAGUACUAGAAAGGAACAUGCUGGGGGAAGCUGGAUACUGGGGAAGCCCUGAAGAGCACAGCCUUCCACUUAUCACCAUGCUGACUGACAUUGAUGGCCUGGGAAGCAGUGCAAUUGGUGGCCAAUUGAUGGCAUCUGCUUCAACUCAAUCUCCUCUUUCCCAAAACCGGAAGACAGAUGAUUCUGUUGUUGCAGGAGUUGCUUUUGCCCGAUACCUUUUAAUCGGCUGUUGGAAGAACUUGAUUGACACUUUGUCCACACCACUGACUGGCCGCAUGGCAGGCAGCUCCAAGGGGCUCGCCUUCAUCUUGGGAGCAGAAGGAGCCAAGGAGCAGAACCAAAAGGAGAGGGACUCCAUCUGCGUGAGCCUGGAUGGACUGAGGAGGGCAGCCCGGCUGAGCUGUGCCCUAGGAGUUGCUGCUAACUGUGCAUCUGCUCUUGCCCAAAUGGCUGCUGCCUCCUGUGUCCAAGAAGAGAAAGAAGAAAAAGAAAUCCAAGAGCCCAGUGAUACUAUAGCUCAAGUGAAACAGAAAGUGGAGCAGAAACUGGAGCAGAUGGGGAAAGUGCAGGGAGUUUGCCUGCAUACUGCUCAUGUUUUGUGUAUGGAUGCAGUCCUUAACGUGGGCCUGGAGAUGGGAAGCCACAAUCAGGACUGUUGGCCUCAUGUGUUCAGGGUGUGUGAGUACAUCAGCACACUGGAGCACACCCACUUCAGUGAUGGUGCCUCCCAGCCUUCCCUUACCAUCACCCAGUCACAGCAGGCACCUGGAGGGCUGCAUCCAGACUCUGAGCCUGGGGAGUCUCCCCACGCACUGACCCCUGAGCAGGAGACCACCCUCAGCAGCAAUCCUGUCAUUCAGCCGGUUUCUAUCCAGGAACUCAUCAAGGAGAGCAGUAAGGGCAGAGCUUUUGACUUCCGUGGAGGCAGCCUGCUGUGUGGGAACAGCGCUGCCAAGGCUGUUCUCACGCUCUCCACACAAGCUGACAGACUCUUUGAAGAUGCUGCUGACAAGUUAAACUUGAUGGCAUUGGCAGGCUUCCUUUACCAGCUCAAGAAGGCUUCUCAGGCCCAGCUUUUCCAUUCAGUCACAGAUACGGUUGAUUACUCCCUAGCAAUGCCAGGUGAAGUAAAAUCUACCCAGGACAGGAGAAGUGCACUUCACUUGUUCCGACUUGGUGAUGCCAUGCUCAGAAUUGUAAGGAGUAAAUCUCGCCCAUUGCUCCACCUUAUGCGCUGCUGGAGCCUGGUGGCACCUCACCUUGUAGAGGCUGCCUGUCAUAAGGAGAGACACGUGUCUCGGAAGGCUGUCUCCUUCAUCCAUGACAUCCUCACUGAAGUGCUGACGGAUUGGAAUGAGCCUUCUCAUUUUCACUUUAAUGAGGCGCUUUUCCGCCCCUUUGAGCGUAUCAUGCAGCUAGAGCUGUGUGAUGAGGAUGUCCAAGACCAGGUGGUCACCUCUAUAGGAGAGUUGGUGGAAAUGUGUUCUACCCAGAUCCAGUCAGGAUGGAGACCCCUGUUCAGUGCCCUGGAAACAGUGCACAGCAGCAGCAAGUCAGAGGUUAAAGAGUACCUUGUAGGAGAAUACUCUAUGGGGAAAUGCCAGGCUCCAGUGUUUGAUGUCUUUGAAGCGUUUCUAAACACAGACAGCAUCCAGGUCUUUGCCAAUGCCGCCACCAGUUAUAUUAUGUGCCUUAUGAAGUUUGUCAAAGGACUGGGGGAAGUAGAUUGUAAGGAGAUGGGUGACUGUAUGCCAGGAUCAGGAUCUGCAUCUACAGACUUGUGCCUUCCUGCGCUUGAUUACCUCAGGAGAUGUUCUCAGUUGUUAGCCAAAAUCUAUAAAAUGCCCUUGAAACCCAUCUUCCUCAGUGGCCGGCUGGUUAACUUGCCCCGAAGAGUGCAGGAACAGUCAGCCAGCAGUGAGGAUGGUAUUGAGUGCAUCCUUUCUGACUUUGAUGACGACACUGGCCUUAUCAAUGUCUGGAUUAUUCUGCUGGAAGAAUUAACAACGGCUAUAUCCAACUGUCCCCGUCAGCACCAGCCUCCUACUUUGGAUCUGCUCUUUGAAUUGCUGAGGGACAUUGCCAAGACACCUGGACCAGGAUUUGGCAUUUAUGCAGUUGUACAUCUUCUUCUUCCCACGAUGUCUCUUUGGCUCCAUCGCAGCCAUGGUGACCAUUCUUACUGGGAUGUGGCAUCUGCUAAUUUCAAGCAUGCCAUUGGCCUUUCCUGUGAACUCGUAGUGGAGCACAUUCAAAAUUUCAUACACUCAGAUAUUGGUUAUGAAAAUAUGAUCAAUACUAUGCUGAAAGAUCUUUUCAAGUUGCUGGUAGCCUGUGUGGCAGAACCAACAGAAAUUAUUUCCAGAGUUGGCUGCUCUUGUAUCAGGUAUGUGUUAGUGACAGCAGGGCCUGUUUUUACUGAAGAGAUGUGGAGGCUUGCGUGUUGUGCCUUGCAGGAUGCGUUCUCUGCCACUCUGGAGCCAGUAAAGAACCUGUUGGGCUAUUUCCACAGUGGUUCUGAAAGCUUUAGUGGAGAUGCCUGUGAAGUGAAGGUGGCAGCCCCCUCCCUCUCGCCAAGUGCUGAAGCUGAAUAUUGGAGAAUCAGAGCCAUGGCACAACAGGUCUUCAUGCUGGAGACUCAGUGCUCCCCAAAGACCCCUAGCAACAAGGAAGGGUUUGAACAUGCCCAGUCAUGCGUGCUCAUCAUUGACCUGCCACCAGAUAAGAAACCAAAUGGGCAUACCCAGAGAAGUAUUCCUUUCAGGACAAUAGUGGUGAGCUUGCUGUCCCACCAAGUACUGCUCCAGAAUUUAUACGACAUCUUAUUGGAAGAAUUUGUGAAAGGCCCUUCUAACUUGGAGGAGAAAAUGACAAUACAAGUACCAGAAAACAAGUUGGCUGGUUUUCUCAGGUACAUCUCCAUGCAAAACCUGGCUGUCAUCUUUGACUUACUGCUGGACUCCUAUAGAACAGCCAGAGAGUUUGACACCAGACCUGGGUUGAAGUGUUUGCUGAAAAAAGUGUCUGGCAUUAGUGGAGCUGCCAACUUGUAUCGCCAGUCAGCCAUGAGCUUCAACAUCUACUUCCAUGCUUUGGUUUGUGCAAUCCUGACAAACCAGGAGAACAUCACUGCAGAGCAAGUGAAAAAGAUACUCUUUGAAGAUGAUGAGAGAAGCACAGACUCAUCACAGCAGUGUUCUUCAGAAGAUGAAGACAUUUUUGAAGAAACUGCCCAGGUCAGUCCCCCACGAGGGAAGGAGAAGAGACAGUGGAGGGCUCGAAUACCAUCUCUGAGCGUACAGCCUGUCAGCAAUGCAGACUGGGGAUGGCUAAUCAAGCGGCUUCAUAAGCUCUGUAUGGAACUGUGCAACAACUAUAUCCAGAUGCAUCUGGACCUGGAGAAUAAUGUAGAGGAGCCUCCAGUGUUCAAAGGUGACCCUUUCUUCAUUUUACCAUCCUUUCACUCAGAAACCUCCACCCCAUCAACCGGAGGGCAAUCUGGGAAGGACACACCAUCUGAAGAUGACCGGAGUCAAAUCAGGGACCAACUGGGAGACAGCCUGACACCCCGAGGAGGGAGUGGAGAAAUGUUGCUGCUACCCCCACCCCUAAGUCCUAAACCAGAGAAAAAAGAGCAAACCAGGAAAAAAGAAUGGUGGGAGAGUGCUGGCAACAAGAUCUACACCAUAGCCACUGACAAAACUAUCUCCAAGCUCAUGACAGAAUACAAGAAAAGAAAGCAGCAACAGGCCAUGACAUCCUUCACCAAAGAGGUCAAAGUGGAAAAGAAAGGGGAGCUCCUGGGUUCUAGAGGGCCAGACUCACCCAUACUCCAGCGGCCACAACAUCUUAUAGAUCAAGGUCAAAUGAGGCAUUCAUUCAGUGCUGGUCCAGAGAUCCUGAGACAAGAGAAGAGACCACGCUCAGGAUCCACAGUCAGCUCCCUGAAUAUAUCUGUCAGGGAUGCAGAGGCCCAGAUACAGGCAUGGACGAACAUGGUGCUGACAGUUCUCAACCAGAUUCAGGCCCUGCCAGACCAAACUUUCACAGCCCUGCAGCCAGCAGUGUUCCCCUGUAUCAGCCAACUGACUUGCCAUGUGACAGAUAUCCGUGUCCGCCAGGCAGUACGGGAAUGGCUGGGAAGAGUGGGCCGAGUUUACGAUAUCAUCAUUUAA